GUUUUGAACAUCUUAAAAUGACAAUAACAGAGGAAGCUACAUCGAAUGUUUAUGUUAGACCUGUUACAUCUAAAGACCACAAAUAUACUGCAUUUAUAGUAGAUAAUGUCAUCAAUGCUGCUUAUAAAUCUUCUGAAAGUUGGACUAACACUAAUGACUUAGUUUGGACAGACCGUAUCACAUUGGAAGCCGCCAAUAAACUCAUACAAGAUCAUGGAAAGCCAGAUAUUCUCCUUUAUGCCAUUGAAAGAGAAAGCAAAAGCAGUCCAUCUUCAUGUGGAAAAGAAGAUGUUGCUGAAGAAGAAACUGUGAUAGGCACCCUUAUUAUUGUCUUGAACGAACAAAAGGAAGGAGAGGCUCUUUUGUCCAUGUUAGCUGUAAGCCCUAAACAGCAGUCGCGCGGUGUGGGCAAGCUUUUGAUGACCGAGGCUUUGAAGUAUAUACGAAUGCACUUACAGUCACAGAUCAAAGAAGCCAUUGUGCAUGUGUUCGAAAGUCGACAAGA